AUGCCGCCCAAGCGAGACCCGAUGCCGCCCAAGCGUCACAGGUCAAGCUCGCUGACGGCGGCGCCGUCGUCAGAGCUCAGCUCCCCGCCCGCGUCACCAAAGAAGCAACGCACCCUCGAGCCCGAGGGCACGCGCUCGCUCGGCAUCCCCAGCCCAGAGCACACGCCGGUGUCGUCCUCGUCCUCCUCGCAGCAGGUGGGCACCCCCACCCCUGCCCCUGCAGCCUUCCCAUCGUCCACGGCCUCCAAGCGUGCGCGCCGCCAGUCGUCGGCUCUCCCCGAGGCCGGGCCGUCAAAACCCAAGCCCAAGCCCAAGCCCAAGGCGACGCCGAAGGGAAGGGCGCGCACGACGGGCACGGCAGACGCGUCAACCCCCUCGCGCCCCGCGCCGAAGAAGCGCAAGGCGUCAUCGGCGGUCAGCAGCAGCCCCGCGCGCUACCUCGCUUCCUCGCCCGAGCCCGUCUCCCCCACCCCGCGGUCGGCGCGCCGGCCUUCCCCGCCGUCCAGCCUCACCGACCUCCCGUCGUCCCCACUCAAGGCGCCGUCGUCGCGUACUGGGUCGCCCGCGCCGCGCAAGACGCGCACGGCUGACGACGACAGCGGAAGCGAGGACGGCGUGCUGAGUUUGGGGAAAUGGAUGGAUCGCUCAGAGCGGGAGGGCAAAGUCAAGGGCCCCCGGCCAAGGUCACCGCCGGUCGGAGUUAGGGACCCUACACCGCCGCUGUUCAAGCCAACGCAGCUUCCCUCUGGUGUGGGCAUCGGCGACCCCUGCCUCGUCAAGGACCGAACUUGUUACUUUGUCGCCGUGCUGCUCGCUUUCCAUCCCGCCACAACGCGCGAGGAGCAGCAGAGGCGCGGCGGGGACAAGUACGAGGUUGAGGACCAGACGGGCGAGCGCCGCCUCGUGGCGCGCCACCAUGUCCUCUUCGAGUCUGACGGGGAGCCGUUUGCGAAGGCCAAGAUUGGCCAGCUCAAGGAGGUGGCGGUGAAGCGCACGACGCUCGACGUUGUUCAGCGCACGACAAGCGUGUUCAAAGAUCUCGACCGCGAGCACCAGCUUGAACAAAUCAAGCCCCACCUGCACGCUAUCGUCAAGGAGGAGUUUGAGCCCGCGCAGUGGCGCGCCGACCUGUUCUUCGAUGGCGAGUUUGGCCUGCUGGACAAGAACACUUCGGCAGGCGAUAUCCCAGAGGACGAAGCCCAGAACGUCAUCAUCCCCUGGCUGUUCAAGUGGAACAAUGGCGCUAUGGCCUCGGACGAAACGGUGCGCCACCCGCCCGAAGGCUCGGAGCGGCAUGACGCUCUGCGGGACGGCCAGCGGUUGUCAUAUGUCUCGCGCGUCCUCUUCCCCGAGGCGGUCAUCGAGCUGUGUAUCCGCUCGUACGACAUCCCUGGCUCCCCAGCCGAAGCGUAUGCCACGGCCAAGGACAAGCUCGAGGAGCUCGCCGGCCAGGCGUUCACAUGGCGCUCGCGUCGAACCAACAUCAACCAUCAACGCCGCGAGAUUCGUAGAAAAUUCGACAUCAAGUCGGACGACGAAGACGACGAGGAGCGCCGGCGCCACGAGUAUAACCUCACCCCCAUCAACGCCGAGCGUCGCGAGCGCAAGGCCCCCACCCGUUUCCGCGGCGGCGAGUAG